AUGCCUGAACCAGCAGAAGAUGAUUUAAAAAAAAUAGCGCAAGGUUUCUGGGACAGGUGGCAAUUCCCCAACUGUUUAGGAAGUAUUGACGGAAAACGCAUACUUAUAAAAAAACCAAGCAACUCCGGUUCCAUGUAUCAUUGCUAUAAAUCUUUCUUUUCAAUCGGGUUAUUAGCUGUAACUGAUGCAAAUUAUAAGUUUGUUAUGGUGAGCGUGGGCUCCUAUGGUAAAGAAAAUGACGCAGGAGUUUUUGAUGAAUGCCCCUUUAGGCAUGUUAUAGAAACGGGACGACUAAAAUUACCUACAGAUGAAUUAUUGCUGGGCUCCAGUAUCAAGACUCCUUAUGUUCUCUUAGGGGAUGCAGCAUUUCCUCUAAAGAAAUAUUUAAUGAGACCAUUUCCGGAAAAAACAACAACUAAAGGCGAUGCUAAAGAUAAUUAUAACUAUCGUUUAUCUCGAGCAAGAAUGGUGGUAGAAUGUUCGUUUGGUUCUAUAAACUCUAAAUUCUGA